AUGGCUAUGGAGUCGAACCAGAGUUGCAGCGAGACCAAAUCCGUCUCUUCUCAGGGAGGUAUCCCAAGAGAUGACGAAAAUAUUCCCACCCUCGAAGAUGGGAAGGGCACGAAGGACGAACAUGUCUAUAUCGCAGAUACCCUCCCUCUGUCUCGGCAGAUUCUCUUCGUCCUGACCAUCUGCUCGGCCAUGUACACGAAUCAGCUCGGGCUGGGCCAAACAAUGGACAUCGUUCGGAUCAUUGGGGACUGGUACGGAAUCACCAACAGCAACGAACUGUCGUGGCUUGUGGCUGGCUACAGCUUGACCAUUGGCACCUUUGUCCUGAUUGCCGGCCGGCUGGGGGACGACUUUGGACACAAGAAGAUGUUCAUCAUCGGCAUGGGCUGGUACGCGCUGUGGACUCUCGUCUGUGGACUAGCCGUCUAUUCCACGCAGGUUCUUUUUAUCUUCGCCCGUGUUUUCCAGGGAAUGGGGCCGGCCGUCACAUUGCCCAACGCGAUCGCCAUUCUCGGCCAGUCGUACUCUCCCGGACCCCGUAAGAACAUGGCUUUUGCGUUCUUCGGCGGCAGCGCACCCUUUGGUGCUAUAUCCGGCUUUGCAAGUGGUGGCCUCUUUGCUCUGGCCUGGUGGCCGUGGGCAUACUGGAGCGCGGCCAUUGCACUCGGUUGCCUGGCUAUGUUUGCUGUCUGGGCAAUACCACCUCAGCCGAUGAGUAGCACGUCCAAAACUCUGACGGUCUGCCAAAAGAUCGUGCAUCUAGACCUUCCAGGCUGCUUUACCGGCGUGACCUCUCUGGUCUUGAUCAAUUUCGCGUGGAAUCAAGCCGCCGGGUUCGGUUGGCAAGAACCAUACGUAUAUGUGUGCCUCAUCCUAGGAUUCAUCUUUGCAGCGGCCUUCUUUUGGGUUGAACUGCGCUGGUCGAAGGAACCAAUCCUGCCCCUUGCGGCCUUCAACUCCGAUAUUGCCUUUGUGCUGGUCUGCACUGCCUGUGGCUGGGCGACUUUCGGAAUCUGGGUGUACUAUGCCGCCGUCUUCGUUAUGGAGCUGAACAACGUCAGCCCGCUGCUCCUAGCUGCCUGGUACAGCCCAGUAAUUCCCUCGGGACUUGGCGCAGCCCUCGCGGUGGGCAAGCUCCUCGGUCGUGUCUCGGCAGCAUGGGUCAUGUUCAUCGGCAUGGUCGCGUACCUAAUCGGGUCGAUCCUCAUUACCACCAUGCCGACGCAUCAGAUAUACUGGGGCAACUUCUUUUGGAGUGUGCUUAUCAUCUGCGUGGGCAUGGACUCGUCCUUCCCCGCCGCGACAAUCAUCUUCUCCGACGCCGUGCCGCCCAAGUACCAGGGCAUCGGCGCGAGUGUGGUCAUGACCAUCGUGAACUACAGUAUUUCGCUGGGGCUGGGCUUUGCGGGGACGGUGGAGCGAGAAGUCAAUAACGGGGGCCACACCUAUGGCGACAAGAAGAAGGGGUAUCGUGGUGCGUUCUACUUCGAGCUAGGGUUGGCUAGCUUGGGUCUGGUGAUGAGUCUCGUCUUCUUGAUCAAGGAUCACUACCGAAAGAAAACCAAGAAAGCUGCCGCCGUGCACCAACACCAGAGUGCUUAA